UUAAUGUAAGAUGGUAGUAAGACGGUGCUGCCUAAAGAAAUAGUUAGACUAGACUAAAUCUCAAAGCCAACACUUAAAAAAACGAAACGGAGGCAGACAGGAGAGUCGAGGAACACGAGCUGUUUUGGGGAAACCAUUUCCGCUUAGAUAUUUGUACAAGAAAAAUAUUACAAAAAUAUCCACGGAGAGGAAUCCCAGCUAAACUUUGCUGUGUCUUUUGCCUUGAUCACUUCGGUACCAGUGCAAUAAGAUGUCCCGUAGCCCUGAACUGAAGGAAGACCCCAUGGAGUGCCCUCUGUGUAUGGAGCCUUUGGAAAUUGAUGACGUCAACUUCUUCCCAUGUACCUGCGGCUACCAGAUCUGCCGUUUCUGCUGGCAUCGCAUCCGCACAGACGAGAACGGUCUCUGCCCAGCCUGCAGAAAGCCAUACCCGGAGGACCCAGCCGUAUACAAGCCCCUCUCACAAGAGGAGAUCUUGAGGAUAAAGAAUGAGAAGAAGCAAAAGCAGAAUGAGAAGAAGCAGAAGGUAACGGAGAACCGGAAGCACCUGGCCAGCGUGCGCGUGGUGCAGAGGAACCUUGUGUUUGUCGUGGGUCUCUCACAGAGGCUCGCGGACCCUGAGGUCCUCAAGAGGCCAGAGUAUUUUGGAAAGUUUGGCAAAAUACAUAAAGUGGUCAUCAAUAACAGUACGUCGUAUGCGGGCUCACAGGGUCCUAGUGCCAGUGCCUAUGUUACAUACAUCCGCUCAGAAGAUGCCCUAAGAGCAAUACAGUGUGUUAAUAAUGUGGUAGUUGAUGGUAGAACACUGAAGGCUUCUUUAGGCACGACAAAGUACUGCAGCUAUUUUCUCAAAAGCAUGCAGUGCCCUAAGCCGGACUGCAUGUAUCUGCAUGAACUAGGAGAUGAAGCAGCUAGUUUUACAAAAGAGGAGAUGCAGGCUGGGAAACAUCAGGAAUACGAACAAAAACUACUUCAAGACCUUUACAAAGCAAAUCCCAACUUUCUACAGACUUCUACGUGUGGAGGAGAAAAGUCUAAAAACAAAGCAAAUGCUACACAAAGACAAAACAGCGGCGGCAAAGAGGGUUGGCCUUUAUUACAGGGUUACGGUAAACUAGUGAAUGGUUUACCUACAGAAUAUCGGAAGUCCCCGCCCCUUUUAGAUUGUUUGACAGACUCUGAUCACAUGACCCCAGAAGAUCCAGACACUGAGUUAGGGACAGAUCAAAACACAGGACUCUCACACUUCGCCCCAGUUUUAGAACCUACCAGUCCUGUUGAUAAACCAACAGAACCUGCAAUUAUAGGGAAUGGAGAGAAUAUAGCACAGGUCCCGAGCAGUGACUCACCCUCCCCUCCCCCUGGGUUUUCAAAGCCAAGCCUGGCAGUACCCAUUAGCGUGGCAGAACUCACAGCUCGCUCGCCAUUUGAGGGAGCGCCCGCUGAGUCUCAGUCGCUUUUCUCAGACAACAGUAACUUUAGACAUCCGAACCCCAUCCCCAGCAGCCUGCCCUCUUUCCCCAGCUCCCCACAGGGUGGCUCUGACUGGCCCAUGACCCCUGAGCCCCAAAGCCUCUUUACCUCAGACACCAUCCCUGUGUCUUCAUCCACUGACUGGCAAGCAGCUUUCGGCUUCGGCUCUUCGGCCAAGCAGCAGCAGCAGCAGGAGGAUGAUCUAGGCUUUGACCCGUUCGAUGUGACGAGGAAAGCACUAGCUGACCUUAUCGAGAAGGAGCUGUCUGUGCAGGAAGCCUCGCCACGUUCCCCAUCACUUCUCCCUAACGGCCAGCCACGCCUUCCGCCACUACAGCACCGUGGUCUCUAUAACUCCUUCAGCCUGCCCACACACGGCCACGCCACCCCUGGACGCCAGCCAUGGAUGGGCCUGCCCACCCGCAACAACCUUGCACACUUAAACCAUAUCACACACAGCCACUUCCUCGACCCAAACUGCCCACCACAACAUCACAGCACAGGCCUUGGGGGAAUAACUAUAUCAGAAAAUAGUGGUUCCGUGGAAAACAUAAAUGUGAAAGAAUGGCAGGACGGCCUGAGAGCACUCCUUCCAAAUAUCAACAUCAACUUCGGAGGCAUCCCAAAUUCCACAUCAUCUUCCUCUUCCUCCUCUUCAUCCUCUUCUAGUAUGAACCACAUGGGGGUCCCGACAGGUUCGGUGGGACUCUCGCACAGCCUAAGCUGGGACGGCGUAACAAGUUGGAUGGACCCAGCCAUCAUCACUGGUAUGCCAUCAUCCACCGGCAACAGUUUGGACUGUGUGCAGGACGAAAACCCUCCGCACUGGCUCAAGUCUCUACAAGCUCUGACUGAGAUGGAUGGGCCAAGCGGUUCAGUGGUGUCUCAGCCUCGUCACUCAGGCCUGGACUCCACGGUUCGGCUUCCUCUGCACAGAGGCGGCUGGGCGCCGUACCUCCCUCCCCCGUCGCUCACUCCCAGCCACUUUCACUCUCCUCCCCCAGGUUUCCAGACAGCCUUCAGACCUCCCGCGCAGACAACAGACCUUCUACAGAGCGCCGCCAUGGAACGCCACUAGGGACUAAACCGUGUUUUCUUUCUCCAUCCCUGUUAACUUAACUGUAAUGACACGUGAAUAUCCUGAUCAUUAAUAACGUAAGCUCUUAUUUGUCUGACACCCCCCCUCCCCCCAAUCGUCCCUCGCCAUUCCCCCCUUUUUCUCUCAUGUAUUUUGAGGCACACAUUAACAGUUUGGUGUGUAUGGGGGGGAUCAUUAAUAUGUAAACAAUCAAGGAGAUUUUGAGAAACAGUUGAUACGCACACUAUUAAUAAUGGUUAAAAAACUCAUACAGUACUCAUCCAUUCUACGCUCAAAUUUUGAUCUAAUACUGUGAAUGUGUUACUUAAUGACAGGGAUCUUAAUGACUAGUUUAUCAGUGAGGUCAAUUGGACAGUCAUUUCAGCAGAAAUACUUGUCAAUUUCAAGUAGGUUUGGACAGUCUUACAGUUAUAUUGGCUCUCAGAAAGAGGAGGUUAUGAAAACAGAGUCUGUUACCCUUGUGUGAGCAUGGUGUAUGCACAUACGAGUCUUACUGCCACAAAGCAUCCGUAGAGACCCCUGAUGCCCCCAGACAGCAUGAGGGGAGUCACUGCUGUACCUCUGUAUCAGAGGAUGGAGCGCUGCCCUGCUGAUGCCUGGGGAUUUGGGGCCUUUCUCACUAUAUCACAUGACCUAUAGUGGGUGCAAGAUGCCACCAUGUGGCACUUUGUCACUCCACUCUUAGUGAGAAGCAUUAAGACUGCAGUGCAUAGUUAUUGAGCAUGACUAUCUGAAACACAAUGUUGUGAUAAAGUUAUGGGAGGCUGGCAAAAAUGGCAGGUAAAAUGCUGAUAAUGUAAGCUUUAGGUAUGACUGAUGUUUAAGUAACACCUCCUGGCCAGGUCAGGCCCUUCUAAUCAUUUCUCUUUUUUUUUUUUUUUUUUUGGUCUCUACUGUGUGGCCCAUACUAAACAGUAUUUAUCAGAAACACUCCUUCAUGUCUUCAGGAAAAAUCCAAUAUAGUUCAACCUCUUCGUUUUUAAACAUGCUGCUGAGAUAACAUUUAAUACAUGAAGAGCUAAAAAAAUAAAAUAAAGAAUUGACUUUUCUGCAGAUCUGGAACAACAGAAUCCUAAAUAAAAUUGAAUACUCAGUGCCUCUGUUUUAA